AUGGCAGACGGCGUCCUGCUCGAUCUCCCAGAUGAGUUGCUGGAACAAGUUGCAUCGUACCUGGUGGAUGACCCACAGAGCAUAGGCCGCGCUGCCAUGACGUGCAGGCGGCUGUACUGGGUGUUCACCGGCGAGCGCGUGUGGAAGCAGGUGCACAACCGCACAACCGAGUGUGCGCUGCGCAUCACCGCCCGCGCUGGCAGCAGCAGCGGCGCACACGUGCCAGACCUGGGCCUCGACAACACAUUCCGCAUGAAGGCCGUGCGCAAGCUCUGCUUCACUUCUAUCAACAAAUGCAGCCUCUGCUUGCAGGCGUGCACCAACCGCGGCAUCGACGCCUGGCACCUGCGCCUCUGCCACGACUGCCUCUCCACACAGGUCCUCACCAAGACGGCCAGCAUCAAGGAGUUUGCCCUCAAUGCCGCAGCCAUCGCGGCGCACACGCACUUGCUCGUCCCAAACACCACCCGCACAGGCACCUUCUACCUGCGCCACCAGAUGCGCCAGGUUGCCCUUGCCCACUGGGGCAGCGAGGAGCGCCUGCAGCAGGGGCUGGCCCAGAAGCGUGCCCGCCACGAGCGCAGGCAGUACCGCCGCAACGCAGAGCUCUCGCGCCGCCUCUCCCUCCUUCGCCACACCCUUGCCCACCGCGGCAUUGCCCUCGACGACUACAUCGACAACACCAGCACCGCAACCUCCCAACAGGCACCGGCACAGCACGCCAGCUCGCAGCCAGCGCACGCCCGGGCCGCCUCAGCCCCGCCUGGCCCGAGCCUCGCUGGCGACACCACGCCAGUCCUCUUCCGUACCGCGGUGAGCGCGUGCAAGGCGUUCCUGUACGACACGCGCGCAAACAGGAUGCCAAUGCCCGCGUCACAGGCGUCCUGGAGCCCUGGCGAUGCGGACACAGCCGCCACCACGCUCGCGCUGCCGCUCCACGUGCCAUCGAUGGCGCCUGUGCCACCCAGCGCCGCACCAACGGCACUCAAUGCCAGUGCCAACACGCGCGCCAGCAGCCUGGCGGUGUCAGCAGCAGCCGAGCCCACGUUGACGACAUCGACAACAGCAUCAGGCCUGUCAACCCCAUUGCACCGGACAGAUGCGCAGGCACGGUCUCCGCACCACCUGCGGGUCCUGGCCACCCAGCGCCGCAGCCGCAGUGACAGCGGCAGCAGCAUGCGACGGGACAGCGAGGAAGCCCUGGUGGACCUGCGCAUGUCUGCCUCCCCGGCCGUCUCUUCAACACCACCAGAUGCCAUUGCCGCGCCCACGUCCCCUUCCACCGACCCCGCCUCCCCAACAACCGGUCCAUCAAGCUUCUCUUCCCCUUCCUCCGCGCCACCGCUCACCUCCGCGUCCACCUCCCCAUCUUCUUCCUCAAAGCAGCAGCUGCAGUCGUGUGGCGACACCGCUACACUUGCGGGUACUUCGCCAGGUUCACUUGCGUCGUCGUCGUCGUCGUCGGCCUCGUCUUCGCCUUCUGUGUCCCAGGUCCCACCGCCAUCACAAGAAGCCCCCAUCGCCGAUCCACGUCGCUUCACCCCAGCAACCGCCACCGCGAGUGCUGCGACUGCUGCAUUUGCGGGCAUGCCGCAACCACUUGCACUGGCGCCAGCGCACGCCAUGUUCCAGCAGCACCAGCAGUACCCACAGCAGGAGGUGAUGGCGGUUCUUGACCGGGAAGAGCAGAACGAGUUGAAUGCUCUCGCAGACACGAUGGUGCGUGCCGUCACAGCCAUGCACCGCCUUGCUGCCGUCCGUGCAAUGUGGCCCGGCGACCACCUCCCCGAGUGGUGGCUGCAAGGCUCUGGUCUCGUGCACAUGGCCACCGCGCUGUACCCGGACCUCGCUGCCUUCCUGGAGGCGCGCGACGUUCAGCCUGGACACGCGUUCUGCCCGCAGCGCAUCCACCAGGACGCCGCGGCCGUGCUACACAGCGUGGCCACCCGCGAGCAUGCCCGCACACACACCCUGGAAGGGACGUAUGCACUCCUCCGCGACAUCACCUCCAAAGUGCCGGGCCAGGCCAACGAGAUCAUGCUCUCGUCCAACCUCACCGCCACCGCCAGCAACCCCACGCCGCCCACCCCGACGAUGGCCGUGUGCCAGGUGCUGUUCCCGCUCUCCUGGACGGCGUUUGCACUCCCGGCGGUGGUGGUGCAGCGGAAGCAGCAGCUGCAGUCGUUCUGCGCUCGCUACGGCUGCACGGCGCUGCCCACAGAUGCGGAGAUUGCCUUCCACAAGCGCUGGGGUCGAGCACAUCUGCACAUUGCGCACCGCUUCUGUGAGUUUUUGGACGGCGACAAAGCACUUACCGCGGACGAUGCCCGCGCGUGGGCCGCGUACGAGGGCACGCACGAGCGCAGGCGCAUCCAGGCUCUCUUGCAUGCAUGCAGCGAACAAGGGGUGCAGCUGACAACGGACCUUGAGCUGGACCACGCCGGCGUUGCCAAGAUGUACAUCAGCCGCUUCCUCUCCCAUCGCAUCCACACCCUCACCUCGUGCCCCUUUGUCAACCCAGCGCCGUUGCAACAACAGCAGGAGCAGCAGCAACAGCAGCAGCAGCACCAGGCUGAAGGUGAUAACGAGGCGCCAGAUGCUUCCACCAGCACCACCACCACCACCACCACCACCCCUGCUGGCACCACAGCUGACGACGCUGCAACAACGGAGAGCGGGGUGUGCGUGACGGCCGGGUGUGGAUGCCAGGAAGAGUCGCUGGCCACAAUGGUGCAAGCGCUUGUCAAGUGGAAGGAGGCCGUGACCCGGCUGCAAGAGGCAGACCCAACGGGUGCACACGCCUUUGGGAGCUUGCGUUGCAUUGCCUCCAAGCACAUGCACCAGCAGUUUCUGGCUGCGGCGUUUGCUGACUUGCCCCAGCACGACUUUGCCGACCUCAGCACCAUCGCCUCGUUCAAAUUCAAGGGCUACUUCAACCUCAACCUCUCCGUCAAACCAUGGGCAGCCACACCAACAACAGCAGCAGCUUCAACAGCAGCACCACCAGCGCAUCGCGUGCCAUCUGUUCGCCUCAUGGCCAAGCGAAUUGCCCGCACAGAGGCCGAGUUCGCUGAUCGUCUCAAGCACGUCACCACACUCCUCUCCAGCCAUCACCUACAGCUGCCCGUGCGCUGGCUGAACCUUGACCCCUCAUCCGCCAGCAGCUCGGCGGUGUCCUUGCAGGCACGCGUCAUCUCCUCGUUUCUGCAUGACCCGGAGACUGGCGCCACACCGGCCGAUGUGGACGCGGCCGUCAAGGCGUGGGUACAGCGCAACGAGGAGCGCAGUGCACGUCAGAGGAUGGUGCGCCGCGCUCUGGCCAACGCGGGCCUCAAGACCACGCCCGCCAGCUGCAAGCCGCUGGCUGAUGCGUACGUUCGCAAGGGCACCCACGAGUGUCUGCAGGCACUGGAGGAAGAGGCCGCCAAGCAGGCCCGCUCGCGCGCCCGUCGCCAGCAGUACAAGCAGCGCCGCGAAGAGGUGGAGCAGCGGCUGCAGAACGAUCCGAGCUGGCAGGGCCUUGGCAGCCGCCAGAAGCGGUUUUGCCUGCAGGGAUCAGCAGCAUACGCCACUUACUGCGACGGCAAUGAGCACGUGUCUCUGCAAGGCGUUGUGAGCGAUGUCAUGCACCACGCAGGCGUCGUCAAGCGCGCGCACAAGGGAGUUGUGCGCUACUCUGCCCAACUCAACACCGCCCACAACUAG